AUGCCUAUGAUAGCCGUCGCUCUAGUCGUUUCUGGAGUUACCCUCGGAACGGUGGCCGUUGUAGCAGGGGUGACCAAGUUCUGUCGUGAGUGUAACGUUGGAAACCUGUGGGGGCGGCUGACAGGGAGACUAACAGAGGAAGAUAAGAAGAUCUUGGUUAAAUCAGAAUUUCAGGCGGCGUAUCAGGUCACCCAAAACACUGAGAUACCGGUGAAUGAGACUGGCCAAUUCAUCCAAUAUGAAAACCUCUUCGUCAAAGCAGAGCAAGCUAUAUCGGCCGCAGCUCAGGAAUCUCGUAUGCCGCCACCUAGCGUUGCCCCGGAUGUACUCAACCAUAACAACGCGCACGCCGACGCGCGUGACCUGGCAGACGAGGACGCGAUCAUGCGCAAGCUGGUCCGGUGUUACAGCAGUGAAUCCCUGACGAGUGUGACGUCAGAAUCGUCUGUACAAGAAAAUAUAUGUAGCACAGCCGGUCAAAUCGAGGUCAUAAUUGAGUAUUCAAGCGAACCAUCGCGUCUGAUUGUAACAGUGGUACAGGCCCGCGACCUCCGACCUCUACCGGAAGGAGCAGCUCUUUCUGACACCUACGUCACACUUUACCUUGACCCUGAUAACGAUGUCAAAGGUCAAACAAAGAUUUACAGGAGAAGCUUCAGCCCAGUUUAUAAUGAAAGGUUUUCAAUGCGAGUCCGAUGGGAGGAUCUAUCACGCCGUACAUUACGCCUGACAGUAAUGAACUAUGACAGGCACACUCGCCACGAGGAGAUAGGGGAAGCAGAGCUACUGCUUGGGGACAUCGAAUUUCAGCACGGUCCUUUCAAUACGUGGCUAAAUCUUCAUGAUUGUAACGAGAAACCAGAGAAUCUAGGUGAUAUCUUGUUUUCUUUGAGCUAUCUUCCAACGGCUGAGAGACUCACUGUUGUCAUAGUAAAAGCUAGGGGCCUUAAAUGGAGUGAUAACAAAAAGUCAGGAGAUCCAUUUGUGAAAGUGUACCUUCUACAGAACGGCAAGAAGUUAAGUAAAAAGAAGACGUCAAUGAAGAGAAGUGAAACCUGUCCCAUUUUUAAUGAGGCUAUGAUGUUUUCAGUGCCAUCCAACAUUCUAGAGAAAGUCACUUUACGUAUCACCGUAGCUGAGGUUGGUAUGGCAGGUAAAACACCCAGCGUCGGACACGUCUUAAUUGGUGCUAACUCUAAAGGAUCCUCUCUGAGCCAUUGGAAUCAAAUGCUAAUCUCUCUAAGAAAACCUGUUGCUAUGUGGCACUCCCUCAGGAAAUAGCAUUCCAUUCCCAUUGGGUGAUGCUGUCUUCCCGGGCAAUGUUUCACACAAGCCACUUUUCACAAAACAGCAGCCAUCAAUGUGUCUACUAUGGUUUACAUGCGUCGAGUUGAUCUUGGCAAGCUUUAGCAGGUGUUGUGAAAUGAGGUCCGAUAGAUAGAACUACAUGUAGUACACUGCCCUCUAAAGUCAAGAGAAAGUCAGUUAAGAAUGUGAAAAGAGAUAUGUGUAUAAACGCAAGUUCAUAUUCACCCAUGUCAUGCCAACUUUUGGGCCCCAUCUUACAAAUAGUUACGAUUGAUCCAAUCAACCACAACUAUGGAAAGCCAGUAACGUCAACGUCUAAAAUGCACGUUUGUUCAUAAUAUUUCUAGAUAUGCAGCAUAUUCCUACAUUCAUCGAUUUCUUGCAAAUUCAGUGCGAUUCUCUGUUUGAAAAAGAAAUUGUGCAUAUUUCCUGUAGAAAAAAAUUAUGACAAUGAUGGAUUUCCAUACUAUUAACGUUGAUUGGAUCAAUCGCAACUCUUUGAAAUACGGACCCCUGGCUAUUUUCCUGUUUUAUUUAAUUAUAGAAUGAGGUAUAAUAUUGACAAAGUUCUGAAUAUUGAUAGGGUAUUUAAGAACUUCAUCAAUGAUUUUAAAAUAAGAGAACCUGGGGGAGGGAACAGUUUCUUGAAGCCUGUAGGCUUUUAUCGUCAGGAAAAACCAAUAUUCAUAAAAAAGUAUACACUUGUCCCUAGCUCAAGGGGUAAGAGAUGGGUUUUAAAUUUUUCAAUGCAAAAGGGAGUGAGCAAAAUUCUGAUCUGGGGCCUGUAACACAAAGCCUAGCAAUGAUCAUCGAACAUUUUUCUCUGAUUGAUUGCUUUGACUGCAAAGUACAUUCAAUCUUGAAAAUCAAGCGCACUAUUAAUCGCUAACCUUUGUGUUACGGGACCCUGGUCUUUUUUUUGGGUAUUUAUUUGUAUUUUGUUGCAUAUUUGAUUAGUCAGUCAUUGUAAAUAGAACAUGAAAUUCAAUCGUUCUGUUUGACUUUGUGUUCGUAAUUAUACUUUGCACUGAAAGGGGAAUUGAACCUUUUCAAUAAAAUGAAUUGCAUGAAAUAAGUAUUAUCAAUACAAAAGAGCUGAUUUGAAGUUUGAAAGAAAUUGGAAAAAGAAAGCUGUGGUAAUUUCAUUCAAUUAAAGAGCAUCUGUGCUCAUCUUGGAUUCCCUUCUAGAAUUUAACCACCAGUUAUUACAUACAUGUACCUCCUUAAAAAAAUGAAACCAAACUAAUUGCACUCUUUUAUUACAAAGGCUUUGAAAAGAAUUUCAAUUCAUACCAUUUAUUGUUCAAAAUUUCAUAUUUCUAUAAAUAUCUAUUUGAAUCAAUGUAAAAUUUCUGAUAAUUUAUACCAGUUUGAAUGUUUAUAAUGUACAUGAUUUGUUUUAUAUCUACUGUCAUCAUUAAUGUCAUAAUUUUUUCUAAGGGAGAUAUCUGAAAUGUCCUUUUUAAACAAAAGAAAAAUUCUCACUGAAUUUUCAAGAAACGAUGAAUGAAUGAAUAUACAUCAUAUGUAGAAAAUAAUGGAUGAAUAUUAUUAUUAAUCAGUAAUAAAUCUUUUAAUGCAAUUUUUUUUUUAUUGUGAAGUUGAAACUCAUAAUUCUCUGUAGUCUAGUCGAGACAUUUCACAAACCGCUACUGGCUUCUUAAGGUGAACGAAACACCAACACAAAACGAACGAAACACCAAAAAUUUGCAGUGAAAGACUCAUAACUGAUUAAUAUGGGUGAAGGGGUUAAUAAUCUCCAUCAUAUGUUUAAUUGGAUAAAGUUAAUGACAAAGAAAAUGUUUCAAGGAAGCUGAUGUUUUGGAUGUGAAAAACAGAAAUCGGGCUACAUUAAAAAACACUGAGUGACAUUAAACCCAACAUAAGCAUUUUUUUCUCAAUGGGUAUUGUGUACCAUCAAAGAAUUAGGAGUACAUGUACCUCCAACACUUAACUUAAAAUCUCCCAUUCCGUUCCUAUGAUAGCUAUGUAGAGAUUCCAGCAACCUCCAAAACUGAAAAUUAAGAAUUUAAUGUAACACCUUAUUGACGCCUAAACACCGGCAGCAGCCUCAUUUCUCAUUAAGUGUUGUGGCUGAUGGAGGUGUUACACAUACACUGCAUGUAACAUCAUCUUUUAACACCUAACAGACGAUUUGUGAGUAUAUGUAAUGAUCCAUGUAAAUAUAUUUAUGAUCAAAAGUAUGUUUAAAAAUUUUGAAUAUGAAUGAUAUGUAAAGUGAAACAUGCCUCUCUUGUCAUUGUCAUGAUGAAUUUGAAGACUUGUUAUGUUCUGGAUUUCAUUUCACAAAACUGAAUACGACAAAUUCACAAUAGUUAAAAGCUACUGAAAUCCAUCAAUCCGAUUGGUUAAUAGCAUUAUAACAGGUCUUUAUAAAAUGGGACCCAGAUAACAGACUACAAAGUGUUGAUGUCGUUCUUUUAUUGAAGUAUAGUAGUUGUCCCACACACAAAAUAAUUGCACCAAUCGUAUACAUUAUGGACUGGCUGUGACAUCAUACUUCUGUACUCUAUUAUAACAAAUAAUGCACAUUGGCAAGGGCAAUAUCAAAAAUUAUAAACCAGCUACCUGCGAAAUAUUUAUAUAACAUGCCAGAGGUAACAAGUGGGUAAUUAUACUAAUGCCCAAACAAAAUGAUGAGCAUUAUUUGUUUUAUAAGAUAGUGAUGUGCAUUUGACAAACCACCCUCCUCUCAAAAUUAUGACCAGUCAUUAUACUUUGCUCAUGACCACUCAUAACAAGUCAUUAGUAAAUCUAUGCCUGGUCACAUUUGAGCAAGAACCAAUCACUUGAUCUGGAUCCAUUUCAUAGUCUUAUAAACUCAUUUAUCAAUCCAAGUGUCUUGCAUGAUUAUACUGUACAU